GCGGGGGCGGGGCGGCCGCGCCGCGCCGCCAUCUUGGUGGUGGCAGCAGGACCGUCGGGCCCCGUUACUGGAGGCGUCCGCCUCAGUGUCGCCGCCGGUUUGUCCUUUGUGCUGGUGUUUUACACCCGCACAGCACUGGGACGCUGGGCAGAUCCAAGCAGGAGACUCCGGGGGUGAUGCUCCGUCUCCUUAUUUGCUGCACCCAGAACAUUUUUGUUGCUGUAGAAGUACAGCCAGCAAAUCCCACGGCUGCACAUCAACAGCUGAAAAGUCCUGCUGCCAUUGCCAUGCUCAGCUGAGGUGUGACGCAGAUGCCCAGCUGGAGAAGCCCUGGGCCACCUGAAGAUGUGAGAAGGCGAGCACAGGUGCUCAGGGCAGCCUCAGGCACUGAAAGACACAGUGAGGAGCGAGCGGUGGGGAAUGGACAGCGGGCAGUGUCUGCAAUAGCCACCAAGCGGCAGCAAAUAAUCAAAGGUUGGCGGUGGCUGACACCAAACCAACCCAACGCUUUCUUGAGCAGCGUUCAGCAAGUGACUUCUGAGCCAGAUUGAAGAUGCUAGCCCAGAGCUGGGGAGCUGAACUGGUGAAAAGGUAUCUCUUUGAACUAUUAGCUUUCACAAUCACAAAAAAACUCUCCCAGGGAGUGAAAGGAAGUAUUGCAGGAAACAAAUAAUAAUGUGUGUGAGCAGUAGACAAUUCUGCAUGGGGAUGCACCACUUAAAAGUUCUAUCCUGAGAACCUGGUUAAGUCAUAUUUUCUGGCAUUUGAAGAGCAAACAGCACCAUGACUCCAUGAAUUGCAACAAAGCGGGAAGUGUGGCAGCUCUUCCUACCUCCAGCCUUCCUUCCUUACUGUGACGCUCUUCUUGGGACCUUUGGUUGCGUCCCCGCUGGGCGUGCAGUGACCUGCCUCGGCAGCGGAGCAGAGGAAACAGUUCGUAGAUCAGGGAGAGCCAUGGCCUUGAACUCAUGUGUCUUUCACCUGUUCUACAAGUUCAAAGUGUUGGUGCUUGUCACUUUGUGUCUGAUGGUGCUAUGGGCCACUUUCAGUUACUUUGUGGACUCCAGACAGGAAAUUGCUAAAGCUAAGAGCAUGAUGGACCAUUUCAGAAAGGUAACUAGCCUGGAGGACAGUCAAAAGGAAGAGAAGAUAAAAUCAAUUGCGAAAGUUCCCACAGUGAAGUCAUUCCAGGAUCACUGCCCAGCUCUUUCUCCGUACCUGCGAGGUGCCAGCAAACUCACCUUCAAAGCAUCUCUCACGCUAGAAGAAGUUGAAAAGGAGAACCCUCAGGUAGCCAAGGGCCGGUAUCACCCUACAGAGUGCUCAGCAUUGCAGCGUGUGGCCAUCCUCAUCCCACACCGCAAUCGAGAGAAGCAUCUGCUGUACCUCUUGGAGCACCUCCACCCCUUCCUGCAGAGGCAGCAGCUGGACUACGGCAUCUACGUUAUUCACCAGGCUGGCAGCACCAAAUUUAAUCGAGCGAAACUGCUGAACGUAGGAUACCUAGAGGCCCUAAAAGAAGCAAACUGGGACUGUUUCAUUUUCCAUGAUGUGGAUCUGGUUCCAGAAAAUGACUUUAACAUCUACAUGUGUGACAGACAACCAAAGCACCUUGUAGUUGGCAGGAACAAUACUGGAUACAGGUUACGGUACCAGGGAUAUUUUGGAGGGGUAACUGCUCUAACAAGAGAUCAGUUUUCCAAGGUGAAUGGAUUCUCUAACAACUACUGGGGUUGGGGUGGAGAAGAUGAUGACCUUCGAAUCAGGGUUGAGAUACAGAAGAUGAGAGUGGUGAGGCCAUCUGCUGAUGUAGCCAGGUACACAAUGAUCUUCCACAAACGAGACCACGGUAAUGAAGAGAAUGGAGAGAGGAUGAAGCUUCUACGUCAGGUAUCUAGAACAUGGAAAACAGAUGGACUGAACUCGUGUUCAUAUAAGCUGCUCUCAGUGGAACAUAACCCUUUAUAUGUCAACAUCACGGUGGAUUUCAGUGUGCAGCCCAAGAUCUCAUAAGGGCGAGCACCACACAGGUUAGAGGAAGUGGCAACAGAUCAUGUUUGUGGUUGCUGUUACAGGAGAUGACUCCCGGCACUCUGCUUGAAAGAGUACUUCAGUAGGACAGAAGAAAGUUUUUCUUCACAGCGUCUGAUUGAUUGGUUGAGAAUUUGCUUUUGUGAGGACUGGAGUGGCUGACCUGAGAGACAGGUCUUAAUGUUCAUCUAUGCACUUUCUGCCAGGACACCUGCAAAAGUGUCCUUGUUUGGGCUGGUCCAGCAGAAGGACUUGAACUGAGUCUCCUGAAAAAAAACAUUGUUCUUGCAACUAUUUCUACCGAAACUUCCUAUUUGUUGUAGAGGGAAGACGGCUUAGCACUGCCCACACUUCCAUGACUUCAAAACAACCAGGCCAGUCUUUUAUUAGAAGUACAAGAAUUCUUGACCAACCACAAACUUGCUGAAAAAGAAAAUAAUUUUUCCAAUGUGAGGAAAAACUGUUGAUGUGUGAGGGAAGGGCAAUAAUGGCAAUAUGUGAGAAGAUUUUAAAAAUCUCUCAAUAAAUACACUCCACUGAACUCAAAA